AUGGCCAGCGCCGCAGCUGAGCUAACUCCUGAGGAGGCCGCUGGCGCCGCAGCAGCAGCCGCAGCAGCCCAGGCAUUCAACAUCGAAGUUUGGACUCUACUGGGGAUUGGGUCAUUGGUCACCUUUUUGAGAAUCGUCGCUCGCACAAGAUCUGUCGGAUUUCGCAAGCUUCAGCCUGACGAUUAUCUGGUCAUCGUGGGACUGAUAUUUUACGGUAUCGAGAGCGGACUUGCGUAUUCUGUAGGCGCUCAUGCCCACGGCUUAGCCAACAAUGGAAUGACCGACGCCCAAAGGGAGGCUCUAUCGACCGACGACCCCGAGCAUAGACUACGAGUUAUCGGCUCAAUUAUCCAGCUAUGCGGUUGGAACUCAUAUUCGGUCAUCUUGUGGGCUUUUAAAGCUUCGUGGCUGGUAUUUUACAUUCGACUGACGGACGGUAUAGGUAAAAGCUACCUAUAUCGCAUAUAUGUUGGCUUUGGUCUAGUUGUUGGAAGCUGGGUGAUUGUCGUCGUCAACAUUUUUCUUGCCUGCCGGCCAUUUCACCGAAACUGGCAGAUCAACCCCGACCCUGGAAAUGUCUGCCAACCGGCCGUGUCGAACCAGAUUGUGUGGGUGUGUUACGCCUUCAACGUCACGACCGAUAUGUAUCUUCUUUCUAUCCCACUACCCAUGCUUUGGAGCUCUAGAUUAAAGACCUGGAAGAAACUUGGGCUGGUAUUUCUAUUCAGCGGUGGUAUCUUUGUCAUGGUUUGUGGAACUCUACGAGCCGUUGUAAUUGUUACCGAUCCUGUCAAUGGCGCCCAACUUGCCGGCUCUUGGGCCGUCCGCGAAACGUUCGUUGCCCUCGUCACAACCAACCUGCCGCAUAUCUUUCCACUUCUUAAAGUCUGGUUCGGGCCUGUCAUUGACACACUGGUCAGUACGGCACGGAAGUCAUCGAACUACAGUUCAAAUUCCGCUCCCAAGGGUUUCCGGACAUUUGGCGGCGGUGGUAGUAGCGGGCCAAGCUGGCGCGGCCGCGGGCCCCCAACGGCCAAUCCGAUCACGAACUUUACCCUCAACGAGAGCGAAGAGCGCAUGGUUGGGGAGAAUAAUGGCGGUAAAAGUAACAGUAUCAGGCUUGAGGAUAUGCAAACAGCACGAACGAGCGAUGGCGGGUCACCUGGGAGCAGAGUCCGCAUCCACAAAUCAGUCCAGGUUGAUAUUGUGACCGAGGAUAGGCAGUCAGGGCCUAGGGAGACACCGGACCUGGACAAUUCAAUAAGAGAGCAGCCUUGGUUGCAGGGACAGUUACCGCAGAGUGCCUCAGUUGAGGGUUCUACUAUCAAGCGAAGCGCUUCGAAGCGAACUAGCUAA